UCUGGGAAGCAGUUUUUUGCUGGACAUCGGUGAGCAAAGCGAGCGGAGUGUCCGGGCUGCUGUGUGACAGAGCGGGGUGUGUUAGCGACAGGAGCCGGUGACAGCCUGACGGAGCAGCAGCCAUGAGCUUCUUCGGGUUCGGUCAGAGUGCGGACAUCGAUAUAGUUCUGAAUGACGCCGAAACCAGAAAGAAAGCGGAGCAUAAGAGCGAAGACGGCAGGAAGGACAAAUAUUUUCUCUUCUACGAUGGGGAGACGGUGUCGGGGAAAGUCAACGUGACGCUCAAGUACCCGGGAAAGAGGCUGGAGCACAACGGCAUCAAGAUCGAGUUUGUCGGGCAGAUAGAACUGUACUAUGACAGAGGAAACCACCACGAGUUUGUGUCUCUUGUGAAAGACUUGGCUCGGCCAGGGGAGCUCACACAGUCACAGACGUUUGACUUUGAGUUUACGCAUGUGGAGAAACCCUACGAGUCUUACACCGGUCAGAACGUCAAGCUACGCUACUUUCUGCGGGCCACAGUGAGCCGGAGACUGAACGACAUCAGCAAAGAGCUGGACAUUGUGGUGCACACACUCAGCACCUACCCCGAGCUCAACUCCUCCAUCAAGAUGGAAGUGGGGAUUGAGGACUGUCUACACAUAGAGUUUGAGUACAAUAAGUCCAGGUAUCACCUCAAAGAUGUGAUAGUUGGGAAGAUUUACUUUCUGCUGGUGAGGAUCAAGAUCAAACACAUGGAGAUUGACAUCAUCAAGCGGGAAACAACAGGCACAGGGCCCAACGUCUACCACGAGAACGACACCAUAGCAAAGUAUGAGAUCAUGGACGGUGCACCAGUCAGAGGAGAGUCCAUCCCCAUCCGGCUGUUCCUCGCAGGCUACGAGAUGACACCCACCAUGAGGGACAUCAACAAGAAGUUCUCUGUUCGCUACUACCUCAACCUGGUCCUCAUCGAUGAGGAAGAAAGACGCUAUUUCAAACAGCAGGAGAUCACCCUGUGGAGGAAAGGAGACAUAGUGAGGAAGAGUAUGUCUCACCAAGCCGCCAUCGCCUCCCAGCGCUUCGAAGGCUCCUCCAACCCAGAGAAGAGCCAGACCCAGAACAAGGAGGAGGACGACAGCUAGAGCCCAGCAUGCACUGCACCCUGCUGUUGUGAGUGUGUGAGCAGACACAGGGCCGAACAUGUCAGCACAUUCUGAAUGUGAAUUCCAUUUGUUUGCAUUGAGAUUGAAUGCACCGCAGUGUUUUUCAGGAUG